AUGACCAUCUCCACCCUGCGCGAGUCCAUCCACGCCGAUGCCAACGUCCCUCCCUCCUCCCAGCACAUCUACCACAACGGCCGCCUGAUCUCCGACGACUCAAAGACCAUGGAGCAGCUGCAGAUUGCCGACGGCGACAUGCUCGCAGUCCACGUACGAGAGACCCGGGGCUCCACCGCUGCUCCGGGACAGGCCCAGCGCCCCCAGCAGCAACAGCCCGCGCAACCGCGGCGACGGCAGGGCGGCGACAACGACCCCGAGCUGGUGCGUCUCCAGGUCCUUGGAAACCCCGCCUUGAGGCAGCAGCUUCAGAGCCAACAGCCCGAGCUCGCCGCUGCCGUCGAAGACCCCGCGCGCUUUGCCCGCAUACUGCAUGAGGCCCAAGAUCGCGAACGGCGAGAACGACUCGACAGGCAGCGCGAGAUCGAGAGACUCAAUGACGACCCGUUCAAUAUUGAGAACCAGAGGAAGAUUGAGGACAUGAUACGCCAGGAACGCGUCAUGGAGAACCUGCAGAAUGCCAUGGAGCAUAAUCCCGAAGUCUUUGGAAGGGUUCACAUGCUCUACGUCAACGUCGAAGUCAACGGCCACAAGGUCAAGGCAUUUGUCGACUCCGGAGCCCAGGCCACCAUCAUCUCCCCCUCCUGUGCCGAAGCAUGCGGUAUCAUGAGACUCGUUGACACGAGGUUCGCCGGCGUUGCCCGCGGCGUCGGCACCGCCAACAUCAUUGGCCGCGUCCACUCGGCACAGAUAAAGAUUGGCAGCCUGCACUUGCCCUGCAGCUUCACUGUCAUGGAGGGCAAGACGACCGACUUGCUGCUUGGCCUGGACAUGCUGAAGCGCUAUCAGGCCACCCUCGACUUGGCCCGCGACCGGCUCAUCAUCCAGGGCGAAGAGGUUCCCUUUCUCGGAGAGGCCGACAUCCCCAAGGACGAGGAGGCUGCUGCGGCGCAGGAGCCCACGAUACCUGGCCCGGAUGGCACCGCCAUCGGCCAGCGGUCGGGAGUCGUCUUGCCGCCCGAGCAGGCCCGGCAGUCGCAAGUUAACCCUUCGUCCUCUCAGCCAGCGCCCAGCCUCCAACCUCGAGCGUCGGCACCGCCUCCUCAAGCCCAGCCUGCGCCCUCCACGCCAAACGUGACGGCGGCGCACGUCGACAGCCUUGUGGCCAUGGGGGCUACGAGGGAGCAGGCCGUCCAGGCGCUCCAGGCCGCCGAGGACAACGUAGACGUGGCCGCCAGCCUGAUUUUCUUCUAA